GAUACAUAAAAAGGAAAAAUGGAGCCCUCUUUCAAAGUGCGAAACCAAUGGUUUUGCUAAUUUCAUUUGUGUGUGUUUUAAAUUCAAAUCUAACCUCAGGACGUAAGAUUAAUAUUAUCAAUAUCAAAGAUGGCCAAGAGUCUGCUAAAGUGGGGUCCAGUCACUACUGCUACCUCAACCCCAUUGUCCCAGGCUGGAAGGAAACAUGGACACGAAUCCAAAUCAGAGUAUGGAGCGCAAAGCAGUUAAAGGUGACUAUUGCGGAGGAUGAAGAGAAGCUACAGGAGCUGGAACACUUCAGUGUCUGGGGUCUGAUGCAGUACCUAAUGAAUGAGCAGACCAAUGAAACCACCAUCCGCAUCAAUCUGUUCAGCACAAAGACCUGCUUCAAGAUUGACCCUGUUGACCCUGCAGCAGAGUACACUCUGAAGCCCAUCCGAAAGUUUGACAUUUUCCUGUUUCUGACAUUCCUGGCUGGAGUUCUGUUGUUCGCCUUUGCAGACUCACUCAGCAGGAGUCAGGUAUUCUAUUACUCGGCUGGAAUGAGCACAGGGUUGAUUGCAUCCCUCAUCAUUCUGAUCUUCAUCAUGGCACGCUUUUUGCCCAAGAAAAGCCCAUUCUAUAUGGUGAUCGUUGGUGGCUGGUCUUUCUCACUAUAUGUCAUCCAGCUGGUGUUCAGGAACCUGCAGCUGAUUCUAAGGGAGCACUGGCACAUAGCUUUUGGCUACACUGCCGUGGUGGGCUUCAUCAGUUUUGCUGUGUGCUAUCGACAUGGCCCUCUAGUGGAGGAGAGGAGCAUCAACAUACUGUCUUGGACAUUGCAGUUGUUUGGCCUGCUUCUGAUCUAUGCUGGGAUUCAGGUUCAGCAAGUUGCAUUGGCCAUCAUCGUUGCUGCAUUCUGCUCUAAGAACUUGGAUUACCCGGUUUCAUUGGCCCUUCUUACUUGGCGUAAAGUCAAGCCAAAACUACGAUGGAAGCUGGAGCCUCGACGGCUGCUGACAGAGGAGGAGUUCCAGAGACAGGGAGAGGAGGAGACACGACGUGCACUGGAGGAGCUGAGGAUGUACUGCAGCAGUCCAGACUUCAGCACCUGGAAGACUGUCUCUCGACUUCAGUCCCCAAAAAGGUUUGCAGAUUUCGUCGAGGGCUCACCUCACCUAAUAUCUAAUGAGAUUUCAGUGCACGCACAGGAAUACGGAUCUUUCUUUGAGGAUGAUUUCUUUGACACAGAUGAGGACGAUGACGACGACGAUGAUGGUGGUGGUGGUGGUGGUGGUGGUGAGGAGAAUAUAGUGAAUGCAUCAAAAAUAGAUGGAGACCUUGGAUGGAACAACAGAGAUGUGAUAAUGUGAAGAUGGCUCUACGUUUUCUUUCUAUGGCAAGGUUAACACAGGCCCUCACAGCUCUCCUACACCCCUAUGACUGGUGUUCAUGAAUCACCGUGGAGACAGUGGAAUCUGUUUAUUAGUAAACCUGAGUUGGUGUCUUGCAUCCAGGUUGAUCAUACUGUAGACUUUUGACAGCAACAACCAGAUUUGUGCCAGACCCUGAGUGAGAACUGAUUUAGCUGUCGGUUUUGAAUUCUGCUCCCAAACCACUUGACAAGGGGUAUAAUAAACAUAAUUAAUGAGGUAGCCAGCAAAAUAUGAUGAACCAAAAAUAACUAUAAUUUUCUGGUGCAUUAUAUUUAUGCACUUUUGACCAGUCACAACAUCUUUUCACAUCAGAUCUUUUUUUAGAGCUGAUUUGACUGGUCAAAAGAAGACCAAUAAGGGAAUAAAAGUCUGAAUUGGCCUAUGUGAAAAAGUCAAUUUGACUAUGCCUUCUUCAUGCCAAUCUUUCUGAAAUUUAAAGGUAUAUCUAUAAAGGAUGUUUUUUAAAAUCUGCUGGCAUGUCAUUGAUCGUGCUUCGUACUACACCCUUUCGCAAGCAAAGGUCUGUGAUGGUGACUAAAGUGUUUUAUUUUUUAUUCCUGUCCUCACUGGUAAAGUGCAGGGCCUAUGUUUGGAGAAGUGCUAAUGUAAAAUGUUUCCUUUGGUAUUGAUGAUAUUACAUGGCUGUCUUUAUUGCUACAGGUUUAGGUUAAUGGAGUGAUGUGCAACUGGCAUCUGAGUUGGUAGUUUGUUAUUUGAAGCAACAUGUUUACAACUUGUGUGUGUGUGUGUAUACAUAUUGAGAUGUUUGUGUGAAUAUUAUACUAUGCAAUUAUAUUUGGUUAUGUAGAAUACUGUGAUGGUUGGGAUUUUGCUGACGUUGAUCCAGCUUUAAUCUAUUAAACCAACAUCAUUAGCCAGUCAGUAAUGUUUAACAUUUUAUGCAAUAGAGCAGAAUACCACAUUCAAGGUCCAUUAGUGGGCAGAGUGUAAAGCAGUCCCUGGGUACAGUGCUUGAACUUUGAGUAACCAGUCCAAAUAGUACAGAAACAACUUCAACUUGUAUACCAUCGCAUUCAGGGUUCAAAGCACUCGGUGCAAUUGUUACUCUGUGAAAUUAGGUAUGCAGACACUGCCUGUGAAGAUCUGGGCCUAAGUGUCUGGGUAAGAGUGCUGAUCUAGAAUCAGGUAUGCUUUGGGCUGUAUGACCAGGUACUUCACUAGACAAUCAUGUGGAUGACAAUAAAUGUAUUGUAUUGUAAAACACUGAGAUACAAUCUCCAUCAGGGGAAUUUCCACCAGCACUGUUGCCCAUAAAAGGGGAAUAUGGAGUAGAAACCUCUAGAAAGAUGGUAUUGAAUAAUGUAGUUGUUUUACUAUGGCACACAAAUAGGGGGCACCAUAUACCUUUCAUCUGGAGAGGAGUGUUUCAUCUAUUCAGAACACUGCUAAUCUAUUUUUGCCACUGAUAUAAACUACACAUUAUUAAUUACAAAUACAAAACAGAAAAUUAUUGUUUGCUAAUCUAUUUUUGCCACUGAUAUAAACUACACAUUAUUAAUUACAAAUACAAAACAGAAAAUUAUUGUUUGCGUAAGUAUUCACCCCCCUCUUCCGUCAGUAUUUUACUGAGGCUCCUUUGGAAGCAAUUGCUGCCAUGAUUCUAUUUGGUUAAUUCUACUAGUGUUGCAUGUCAACUCCAGCAUUUUCUUGGCUGUCUGCUUUAGGUUGUUCUCUUGCUGAAAGAAAUGUU